UCGCCUUUGCUGCGGCUUCCGGCAGAGGUGCGCUCAAUGGUCUGGGAGUAUGUCUUUGGGUGCUAUCAUAUAUAUGUAUACCCGGGAGAUAUAUUUGCAUCAAAUCUACAUGGGAUACCACUCUCCAUUAACUCCCGAAGCAAGAACACGAUGGCUCCGUACCAAAAAAUGAGACACCAACCCACCUUGGGGCUAAUGACCGUUUGCCGCCAAAUCUACAUGGAAGCAGUUUUGCUCCCAUUUCAACUCAACACCUGGCACAUCGAUUCCAGAUACCUCAAAAAGUUGAUUUCUGAUAAAGUGGACUACCCUAUAAGACCAAGGGAGUUGGUGACGUCGGUUAUCUCCUACUCUACAAUGAGUUCUACCCUCAGCGACAAGGACGUCUUUCCGAAUCUGAAGACAGUAGUUUUGCGUUACGAAUUCUACAAUGGAUGGUAUUUCAGUAAUUGCAUAGAAGAAGAUGGAGGGUCUUUCAGGUGCACAUGGAGGCGAUAUCACAGAGGGGAAUGGUUUCGGUUCACGAGAAAGAGACGAGAGGAUAUGUGGCAAUGUGGUGGCGAAAGUGUACACAUGAUCCCAGUGCUUUUUCGAGUGGGUGAAUUCGGAACAUUGGGUAUCGUAGAUGACACAGAGGUGUGA